UUGACAUGAAAUUUCGUUUUCACUUUCUCACUUUCUCACCAUCGAAUUAUUUUUUAUACUUUGCUUGUCUUUAUUUUCCCCCAAAUUUGCACUCUAUCCAAAUCGUAAUCCUCAUCUAAUUACUCGACAAACAGCCAUGGACAACCAAAGCAACAACCGCGAUAGCUUCACACAAAUCCCGUAUGGCGAUUCGAAGCCGAAAGGAAUUCUCAAGAAACCCUCAGAUUCCCUCGAGAGAGGCACACAUUUGCGCUGGGACGAGGAGAACAUCAGAAUUACAGAGGAGCAGAAGGAUUCCAAGAUGAAGGUGGAUGAACCCAAGACGCCCUACAUCAGAUACAACCCCGAGCUCGACGCCGAUUUGCAAGAGAUGGAGGACCUUAAGCUGGCCUCAGAGAUCUCAUCGCGGUCGUCCUCGGUGGUGUCGUCGCCCAAGCGGGCACAGGUUAUUGCACCGUCAGAUUGGGCGUCGGACAGCGAAGAAGAGUGCUCCGAGACCGAAGGCAUGAGCGAAGCCGAUAAAGCCAAGCACGAGCGGUUCCAGAAGAUGCGCCAGCAGCACUACCACCUCGAAGGCCAGUACGUGCACCGGGACACUGAUGACAUUAUGGACUCUGACAACUCGCUGAAUAGCGAUGAUGACGAUGACAAUAGUAGCGACGAUAACUGUGAAAUGGAAAGCGGUCGGAGAAGUUCCAGCACUGGCUCUAGCUCACACCAGCGGAGUAAUUCUAUAACCAGCUGCAAAUCCAACCUACACGUCUCCAAGGGAUUCAUUGAGACUUACGGCAGCGAUGACACCGAAGGGGCACCUCUGAACUUUUCUACCAACGUCGACGAAAUCAAUGCAUCCAGUAUGGAGCUGUGACGGACACGACACAUUCAUAGCGCCUUUUUUCUUUGCUUUUUAUUUUUUUAUAAAAAUAUUCAUUCAUUUCUCUCUUUCUCUUUCUCUCGAACAUAUACAAUUUCCUAGGUGGCUUCUUCCUUAUAUUAAAUAUGAUACAACUGAUAACUGUGAGCGCUAAGCGAAUGCUCUUUAGCCUUGGCGGCUCAUCGAGUGGCUUGGGAAAAAAGAUCGGUAGAGCGAAAAUGAAAAUGAAGAAAAAACAAAGAAAAAAUAAU